UCAGUGAAUCACACUUUUCUACACUAUCAAAGUUACGGGGGUUGUGGAUGUCUUCUAACUCUUUGAGCAUCAACUUUAGCAGUGACUGGAUUCCUCCUUUCCAAUUGGAUGUUAUAACUCUAACGUCGUGCAAGUUGGGCCCUAAAUUUCCAAGCUGGUUAAAGUCCCAGAGAAAAUUUUCUUUUCUUAAUAUCCCCGGAAGUGGGAUUUCAGAUAGCAUCCCAGAGUGGUUUUGGAACCUAUCUUCUAGAGUAAUGCAUGUGAAUCUUUCUUCCAACCAUAUCUAUGGAAGUUUGCCAGAUUUGUCAACUACAAAAUUUGCUGAUUCUCUUGGCCCUGGGAUAGAUUUGAGUAAAAAUAAGUUGGAGGGUCUAUUACCAGUAUUCUCUGUUAAUGUCACAUCCAUAAACCUAUCAGAAAAUAGGUUCUCUGGGUCAAUUUCUUCUCUCUGCACCAUAACUGGUGGGAAACUUAGGUUCCUUGAUGCUUCGCAUAAUCAACUAUCUGGAAAGCUUCCUGAUUGCAUGAUGCAAUGGACAACUCUAGAGGUUCUGAAUUUGGAAAACAAUCAUUUAUUUGGGAAAAUUCCAAGCUCUAUUGGAUCUUUCCAUCGUCAUGAAUCCUUGGGUUUGCAAUACAAUAGUUUCUCUGGAGAAAUACCUUGGUCUCUAGGAAAUUGUAGUGCCUUGCAAUAUUUGGACUUGAAUUAUAAUAGCUUCUCUGGAAAAAUACCAACUUGGAUUGGAGAAAGGCUAAGUUCACUAAGUUUCCUUCUUCUGAGAUCCAACAAUUUCAGUGGAGACAUCCCCUUGCAGCUAUGCUGGUUGACAAAUAUUACGUUGCUAGACCUCUCCAACAACAAUCUAUCUGGAAACAUACCAUCGUGCAUCCAAAAUCUGACUGCAUUAGUUCAAAAGGAGAGUUCAGCCCAUGAUCAUAGCUUUACAGAAUCAAUUAUUGAUGGUUGUUUUGAUUACAUAGGAAGCUAUGCUGACAAAGCUUCUGUAAUGUGGAAAGGAAUGGAGCGUGAUUAUGAGAAUGGAAAUCUUGAGACUUUGAAGAUUAUUGAUCUUUCAAGCAACAAAUUAACAGGAAAGAUUCCAGUCCAGAUAUCGGCUCUCUUGGAACUGGUUCAAUUGAACUUAUCAAGAAAUCAGUUGGCGGGAUGGAUUCCUUCAAACAUUGGGCAGAUGAGACAGUUAGAAUCACUUGACUUGUCAUGGAACCAGCUUUCAGGUCAGCUUCCUUGGAGCUUGUCCCAAUUAUAUUUCCUCGGCGUCUUGAACCUGUCAUAUAACAACUUUUCUGGGAGAAUCCCAUUGGGAACCCAAAUACAGACAUUUAAUGCUUCUUCAUUUGUCGGUAAUCCUGCACUUUGUGGGCUUCCUCUAACAUCAACUUGCCCCAUGGAUGAAAAAUCAGAGAGCAAACCAAAAAGCAGAGACAUAGCUGAAUUCUGGAAAUGGUUUAAACCGGGUAUGGAACUUGGAGCGGCCAUCGGCUUUGUGGGAGUUUUGGCUAUGAAGUUAGAUCAUCCAUGGAAACAUGUCUGUUUCCUGUUGUUCAACAAAAUGAGGGUCCGCCUCAGCAACUUGAAGGACUGCCUUUAUUUACUUGCAGUAGCAGUUGGUUUGUUGGUGAGAGAACAUGUAUCCAGAUUGGGAAGAAAGUUGAAGUUGUUCGAGCCAUCAGUCCCUUCCUAGAAGCCGGUUCAAGAUGUUUCAUGUUGCAAAGUGAACUUCCGUGGUGUCUUCUCCUCUUUCUGCAUCAAUAAGCCCAAGCUGAGCAGGGCAUUGUUUCUUCCUUUAUUUAUAAGUGUGUCUGGUUGAAAGGUCCGUUUAAAUUAAAUGGUUUGAGCAUUUUUUUCUAUCUUCUAUUUUGUAAUAAUUUGCUUGAAACUGAUAUGCAAUAUGGAUUUGUAUUCUGUAAUUUAACAAAGUCUGCAACCUGGA